AUGGCGGAGGAUCUCAACAAGGAAAUGGAAAUGCUUUGCAUUAAAUCAGUUGAGAUUUUCAUGGAAAAAGUAACGAAAAUGAUCCCUAGAGUGAAACUGAGGGACUAUACUAUGCAAUCUUUUGGAUGUGUACCUAUGACCUACUUGGGAAGCCAGGCCGAGUGUAUUCACGGUCUAAACUCGGACACAGAUAUAAUGUACGAAUGUCAGACAGUGAAAGUUGUACACAAACUCGAACAGGGACUAGAUGCUUUACCGUAUGGCUAUGAUGCUGUGGUGAUACAAGACUCGACUGGGACACAUGAAGGGUACACAAAGUUAAAACUAUUCGACAUCCAACGUGAAAAAGCGUUCGCGGAGAUAAAUGUAUCAUCUCUAUGUAUAGACGGGUUCCUUUCUAUUGGUCUGGUGUCAAAAUUCUGGAAAGAUAGACUCGCAAGACGGGACCUGUUUCCUUCACAUGGCAUGCAGACAAGCCUUCAUCAACACGGCCCUUGUAUCACAUUCAAGUAUAGUGGGAUGGAGAAUCGGCUAGACACGGAUAUUGAUUCCGUUUUUACUUUACAAUGUGAUUGGCCUGAACAGGCAAGAGAAUGGUUCACAAGACAGAGGAACAGUAACUGGCCAAACCAAGAACUUAAACAAAAGAUCAAAACCAUAGGAUGUCAUCUUGUUCCUAUAGGACAUACUUUAUCACUCCAAAGAGACAUAGAAUGGCGGAUUUCAUUUAACAAGCCAGAGCGAGAACUUGUGUGGUCUUUCAAUGGUACUCAAUUUGCAUGUGUUGACUUCAUGAAGAUAUUUUUUCACGUGAAGAUCAGUCCAAACUUCCCCGAUCUGUUCUCUUCAUAUUUUAUCAAAACCGUUAUGUUCUGGAUGGUAGAGGAUUCGGAACCAGAUCUUUGGAAACCAGAAAACCUCUGCAGAUGUUUAGAGGAAUUACUUGGCCGCAUCAUCAUUUGUGUUGGAAGAAAAGAAAUCAGACAUUUUUUCAUUCCGUCAAACAACAUUAUUGACACAAAAUCAUCCGAUGGACUUGAUGCAUUGCUGACAGAGUUGAUUCAAUUUCAAAAGUUGGGGCAUGGAAAAUGGAAACCCAUCAUGAAAGCAAGAAUAGAUGAAAGGGAUGAAAAUGAUAUAUACUUUUAUCACGUGAAAAUCAACGCCUUGUCCACCGUUCGACAUUACAUAAUUAACCUGCUUUCAACGUCAAACAACGAGAAAUUUGGCAUGUAUCUUGCCCAUAUCAACCACAGCAUCAAACAAGCUAUUGGACAGAAGCUGUCAAAUGAUAUAUGGGAAAUUUUUCAAGUGGAAAUUGAAACCAUUCAAAGAUUGCAUGAAUACCUUCAGACUGACAAAUCAUUUGAUGAUACCGAUAUGGAACAAACUGACAAACAACCUCCAUAUAACAAAUCGGGAACCUAUGCCCAACUCACCAAUUGGUUAGAGGGAGAGAAGAAGUGUUGUUUCAGAUCUGGGCGAUUAGAAUUGGCAACAUGGUAUUUAUAUCAGGGAAGAUAUGUUGAGGCAAGGCAGGUAGUGGAUGAGCUUUUGUCGAAUUACAACAAUACAAUUGUUCACUAUACAUUCCACAACCGUGACAAAAAACCGAAGGAUGAAGAUUAUGAUAUCAAAUUUCCAAGACCAAGUUUCGAAGAAACUCUUCAAAAGUACAUAAUGUUCGACGUAGUUUUCUUGCCUGUGUUAAAGGCGGUAUAUCCAAAAACAAUCCAAACGGUUAUAGAGAACACUAGAUCUGUUUUGUUUAUCAGUCCAAUGUUUUAUAGUAAUUUAGUAAAAUUUCAUAGUUUCAAGGAUGAAGGGUCAACAGAAGCUGCCGCUGAGAUCGCAAGUCAACUCAUGGCGUCUGCCAAAGAUGACCAAAAUGAAACUAUCCUAAAACUGGCUCUCGCGUGUAAUGCAAUGGUAUAA